AUGGAAACGGCGAGAAAAAACAAACUGGGCUCCCGGCGGGCCUAGGCAGGCCCUCUGAAGACACUAACGGCGGCGGCGGGAGCACCGGUGCUAGAGACGCGCGGCCGCUUAGGGUUCACAACCUUGCUGGCCCCAGAGUCUGCAACCCGCCCCGCCCCCACCUGAGCCCCUCCCCCAGCUCCUCCCCCACCGCCCGCGAGUGUCGCUUUCCUUGUCCCUGCAGGAGGCGGUCCACGAGCUGGUGUUGCAGGCCGGUGGACUGCUUGAGGGCCCGGCGUCCCGCGGGGAAGAUGAACGGUCCCAGCCCCAGGUCCAGCCACCUGUCGCAGCCGGUGGUGAAGAGUGUGCUGGUGUACCGCAAUGGGGACCCGUUCUUCGCCGGGCGCCGCGUCGUCAUUCACGAGAAGAAGGUGUCCAGCUUCGACAUCUUCCUCAAGGAAGUGACCGGCGGUGUGCAGGCUCCCUUUGGGGCAGUUAGGAACAUCUACACCCCGAGGACGGGCCACCGCAUCCGGAAGCUGGACCAGAUAGAGAGCGGGGGCAACUACGUGGCUGGGGGCCAGGAAGCUUUCAAGAAACUCAACUACUUGGACAUAGGAGAAAUCAAGAAAAGACCAAUGGAAGCUGUUAAUACUGAGGUGAAGCCUGUCAUCCACAGCAAAAUCAACGUGUCUGCCCGAUUCAGGAAGGCGCUGCAUGAGCCCUGUACCAUUUUCUUGAUUGCAAAUGGAGACCUCAUAAGCCCAGCUUCUCGCCUCCUCAUCCCAAGAAAAGCUUUAAAUCAGUGGGAUCACGUACUACAAAUGGUCACAGAAAAAAUAACUCUUCGGAGUGGGGCUGUCCACAGGCUGUAUACAUUAGAAGGAAAACUGGUUGAGAGUGGAGCAGAGCUGGAGAACGGGCAGUUUUAUGUGGCCGUCGGCAGAGAUAAGUUUAAGAGACUACCGUACAGUGAGUUACUUUUUGACAAGUCAGCAAUGAGAAGGCCUUAUGGUCAGAAAGCUUCUUCACUACCUCCCAUGGUUGGAUCCAGGAAGUCUAAAGGGAGCGGGAAUUACCGACAAUCUAAGUCAACCAUUGGCUCCAGUGAUAACUCAUCUCCUCAGCCUCUGAAGAGGAAAGGGAAGAAAGACUCAAAUUCAGAAAAACCCACGAAAGUGAAACAAAGUGUGAAGUCGAAGAAUUCCCACCAAGCAAUUCCAGACAACGAUGAAGGCAUUUUCAAAGCUGGAGCAGAGAGAUCUGAAACGAGGGGGGCAGCAGAAGUUCAGGAAGAUGAAGACACUCAGGUUGAGGUACCAGUGGACCAGAGGCCAGCAGAAAUAGUUGAUGAGGAAGAAGAUGGAGAGAAAACAAGCAAAGAUGCCAACCAGAAGGAUGACUUUUCAGCAAUGAACGGUGAGGCUGAAGACAGAGCGGGGAGUAAAGUAGCCGAUGCCCCUGAGGAGGAGGAGGGAAUCCCAGACCAAGGGGAGAAGAAGGCAAGUCCCUCUCGGGUAAAUGGUGGCACUGACGAAGAGAAUGGUGAGGAAUUGGACCAGGUUACCGAGGAGCUUCAGCCAACAGUGGAUGAGAAAGGAAAGGCUGAAGGAGACAACAGUGCACAAGAUGAGGCUGGUUUAGAUGCUCAAAGACCACCAAGACCAGAAGUGACAGUCACCAGCCCUCAAGAGAACGAAGGGAAUGAAUCAAACAAAGCCUCUUCUGCUGUGGCAUAGAUGGUUUAAAGCAGAGAAUACUUGGGAUGUGAGAGCAUGCGAAGCUAUGAUACUUGAAUAAUGAGCACAGCAUCUCUUUAUGUAGAAUAUGGCAAUAUGGUGGAGACCCUACCUGUUGCAUUUUAAAAAUAGAAGCUACAUGAAGGGAAAGAUUAGGUCAUUUGUAACUCAAUAACUUAUGUUUAUGACAGGUGUUUAAAAAUUCCUUUAGAAGAACAAAAUAAGAGAGAGACAGAGGGGAUUUGUACCUUAAGACAGCAGUUGGCUACCUGUGUUUGUAAGGGGGAAGACAUGGGCUAGCUCCCAUUAGAUACCUUAUUAUAGACUUGGAAGCAAGAAUACUGUCAGCUUGUUCUAAAGCAUUUAUCUAGAAACAUAUAGACUUUUAAAAGAUUGGUAAUAGGAAGCAUGUAUUAUGUUCUUAAAGCAAUAAACUGUUGUUGAACAAAUUGCAAUUUAGUUUCAGAGAUAAUUUGGAGAUGGCAAUAGAUCUGAACAUUCUGAAGCUGAUGACAUUCCUUCCUUCCUCCAGCCAAGGUUCACUCUGGGUAAAGUCAGAACACAGCCUAAAGUGUGACCUGGUCGGAGGAAAUGCUUCUAGAGAACCUUGGUGAUUCAUGACAGGUGUGUGGGAUGUGGCUGCCAUACUCUCAGGCAGGAGCCAGAAAGCCUGAUCUAGACAGCCUGUGGGUUUUCACUGGUCUGUUUUCACUGUGUCCGUCCUGGGAAUAAAGCCUUUCCUUCUUCUGUAUGCUGUUGGAAAACUCAAUAGUGGUUAAGAUUAAAUUCUUUUCCUGAUUUAAAAAAUGAACUUUUAUUAAACACAAAGAAACAGAAAGGGAAGCAAAAAGUAGAAGAGUUUAUGACCAUCCAGUUCCUUAGCUACUUUGUCUUAUACCACGGUUGUCAUGGUUGCUUAGAGACAUUAUGUCCAUCUGUCCAUCCACUCAUCCAUCUGCUUGUCUGUCCAUCCAUCUGUCUGUCAGUCCUUCCACCUGCCCAUGUAUCUCCUAAGCUUUUAGACUUUCAAGAGACUUUUAGCCUGUCAAGCAGAUUCUCUCUCUCUUUCUAUAUAUAUAUAUAUAUACAUAUAUAUAUAUGUAUAUAGAUAUAUAUUUGAAAGAUUUCCAUAGCUUCCACUUUCAGUUUGUGGAUAGAUAACUAACGUGCAUCCACCCUGUGAGGUACAGAUGAAGGAAAAAUAAUUAUGUUAGUUUGAUGACCAUACUAUGAUCAUACUAUGGUGUCUCUCCCUCUAAAUACAGAAAUAAUAUUUUUCUCACUUUAAGGAAUAUAUUUUUACUCAGAUAGAAAGUGAAAACUGCAAGAUUUUAGAUUGUAGUGCCUUUGUAAGACUCAUUACUAUUGUAAGUCUAUUUUCCCCUCCAGAUUUCACAACCAACCAUCUGGGAACAAAAUAGUUGGGAGUUAUAUAUACUAAAGUAAUGUAGAAAAUAGAUGUAUUUUUUUCCCAAAGCUAUUUUGAUUCUUCCAUGAAUAAAAGUAUGAACAGAGCUUAUGACAUCAUGGUGUUUGAGGGGAUCAUGACACAGGGCCUGGGAAUCUGGGAGGAUGGACUUUAACUGGGUCACAGUCUGGGCGGCACUUUCUGUGCACACACUUACUUUUACCACACAUGGACUGCCAGCAGCCAUCUUGCACUGUUAGCAAAACAGAGAUGCUCUCCUUCUGAUGUAACAUUCCAGCAUCUGGGAUUAGAUUCAAAUAUCUUACAAAAGUGGAAUAUAAGAAUUUUCAACUAAGUCUCAAACUGAUUCUCUUUCUCACUGUGAAGAGUGUGUCUCCUUAAGGAAGCAUCAUUCUUUGCCCCUCUCCCCUUCAUUUCACUGUGGCACUUGGGUUUCAGGGGCUCUCUUGCCAGCUGUCUUAAUGAGGCGCAACACUGAUACUUUACAUGAAAAAUAAACUUUGAGAUCAUAACAUUUCAAGAAGGUUAUAGGCAUAGUAACAAUCAUAGAAUGUUGAAAUAAAUGGGGACAUCAUCUUCUCCUGUGCAUGCAUGGGGCCCAAACAUGUGACUUAAAUCAAGAUCAUCUUCAUAUGUUGUCUAGACAAAUAUGUAAUCCUUUACUGGGGAUUAAAACUGUAGGCAUAACUGUGAAGGUGACCUUCAUAGAUGUUGGAGUUCAGUUCAUAUCUUAAAUGUGGUGGUCUCCUCUGUGGAAAUUGGGUACCUAUGACAGGCCAGGUCCACAUGUAAGUGAGACUUACUGACAAAUUUGGGAAUUAUACAUAAAGCACAUGUGAAUGAGGUCUUGGUGAAGGGUCAUGUAUCAUUCAUACGAAGGCUCCUGGAUAUAUACCUGCAAUGUGUUGCUUUGAAGUGUCAGUUCUUUGCAAUUUCUUAGUUUUAAAUUUUAAGGACACUUAUGAUCAUCUGCUGAUGGAAUUGGAGCAUUGAUAGUUUUGCACUUGACUAGAAGUGACUUUGACUAAAGUCACCUUCAGAUGAGAGGGAUGCGUUACAUGUUUUGGCAUCUGUUGAAGCCACUGUUGCAUGUCCAUCAACUUUCUGUUACUAUGACCACAGGGCAGCCCCCUACUCUCUAUGUUUUCCUGGGGUCUUGAGGAGACUUGCUAUUUAAGACAUUUUUCUUGCACUCUAUUUUUAAAUGUCAGAAUGCCAGACUCAUAGGAAGAGCAUGAUAAGGUCAUGUAUCCAGUCUUAUUCUAUCUUUAUGCACCACAUCAUACAUGUGGCUUAGCAUCAGUCAUAUAUCUCUGUGGGCAUACAGUUGUGAAUUGAUGCUGAUAUCUUUCCUAGGGUAGUCCCAGGGUAGUCCCAGGGAAGUCCCAGGGUAGUCCCAGGGUAGGCCUAGGGUAGCCCCAGUGUAGUCCCAGUGUAGUUCCAGUGUAGUUCUAGGGUAGUCCCAGAGUAGUUCUAGGGUAGUCCUAGAGUAGGGCUCAAACCCUAGAAACUUCAGAUUUUUCUCUAGAGGGAUGGCAAGAUGACUUAGCAGCUGAAGUGCCCCUACCAAACCUAAUGUCCUAUACUGUGGCAUGUACAUACCAAAGCCAUCCCUAAGACAGACAGACAGACUGGCAGACAGACAGACAGACUGGCAGACAGACAGACAGACAGACAGACACACACACACACAAACGAGGGGAAGGGAAGGGGAGAGAGAGAGAGAGAGAGAGAGAGAGAGAGAGAGAGAGAGAGAGAGCGAGAGCGCUAAAUAAUAAGUAUAAGUGCUUUGUUUUCUUUAGGCAAUCUGCUUUAUACACAGAGGUUGAACUUCCCUGGUUUAGAGAAGAUAAUGUGCUUAAAGCAUGGCUGCUGUAAGGCACAGCAACUCCCAUCUGUAAUCCCACAACUUGGAAGCUGGUGGUAGAAUCAAGAAUUAAAGGUCAGCCUAGUUUACAUGGUAUGUUUGAAGUUAACCUUUGCAACAUGAGGCCCCUGUCUCCAAAACACUCAUUUGACCAACCAAGCAACCCAUCUACCUACCCACCCCAAGCUAAAGCUAAACUUGCCACCACAAAAAAAUAGGAAGGAUGUUCAGUAUGUUGCUAGAAGGUAUAUCCAUGAUGCUAACAUGUCUUGUAAAGAAUCAACUCUACCCUUCUACUGUUGUUGUCAAAGUAGCAAAAGCAAAGUAAAUUAAUCUCCGAGGAGAAAACCCCACAUCAGAACGGGUUCCAAUCAGAAGAAAACACAUACCCAAAACACAUGUCUAUCAGUACCUCCACGUGUACACUCGUACACUCUCAGGCAUUAAGAAGCACUCCUCACUGCUCUGCACAGAGAAAGGCUCCCACGUGGGGAGAAGCAGAGCUGACAGUGUGAGAGCAAAUAGCAAGAGACUACUGUUAUCAGCGUCAGUAUUGCUUUACUGGGACAAGAGAUAUAUUUCCCCAAUAAGACAGUUACCAGCGUCACUUAAAGUAAGCAUGGUGGCAUAUGACUAUUACUCCAGUGCUCCAGAGGUAGAGGCAGAGGGUCAGAAGUUGAAGGUCAUUCUCAGCUGCACUGUGAGAUCCAGGCCAGUGCUAGCUCUAAGAGGCCCAUCUAAAACAAAAAGAGGAGGAGAUGCCAAGGUUAGUUUUAGUUACAUUUUUAAAAAUGAGGGAUGCGCACCUUGUUGCCUGAACUGAUAACAGGCUACUACAGUUUCUGCGGCAGCCUAAGUACCGUGUAGACUAUUUGGUGGGGGGAGCAGGGAGAAAAUCCGGGACUCCUCCUUGUAUCCAGAAACCAGGUAGAACACAGAGUGACUCUAAUACAGUGUCACCCCGGGCAGGAACCAGUUUCUGAAGAAUAGUCUGCUUUUCUAACCAGAGACACUUAGCGUUCUUUGUCACUGAUUAGCAUGACCACAAACAUAGGCUUUGGCUUUUGACACAUACCCUGGUCUAUAGACAGCUCUGGCUUUUGGACUGUAUAUUUUGUUCCAUGAAGUUUGAAAGUCAGGUGGGGAAUGAAACAAUUUCUCCAUAUGUUGAACAAGAAAGUAAGUAUUGUUUUUAAAGAGAUCUGAAAGAGAUGUGUGAUUAGGAGAAAAUUAAAAAUAAUAAUGAUAAAAGCACUUAUAAAACCCAAGGGGACUAAUGGAACUCUGCCCAUGUGAGCCAAUUAGCUGCCAACUUUGCUCUGAAAAUGUGACCAAUGAAUUCUAUGCCGCUUCAUCUGCUGAAAUGGAUGGCUUAACCGACUGCUUCAGGUAUUGUCAAAAAAGACGGGGGAGGUUGGGGUCAGCGUCAGAGGACUGCAGCAGCUCUGUUGCUUUCGUGUUCUCCGUACAGUUCCCAUGGCUAACAUGCACAGACUAAUGGGUAAUUCUUUUAGGCAUUAUGUGAAGAUUAAAUUAAGCUCAUAGUUUCUGUGGCAUUUGUUACAUUUAGAAUGUCUUUAUGUAAGGAAAAUAUGCAUUUUGGUCAAUUUAUGAGAUGUAGCUUUCACUUCUAAAGUGCUUGUGCACCUGUCCUGUCCUGUGAGGAGGUGGGUGUUUUAUGUAGUAUCAUCCCUGCUCACAGUGCCAUGUGUCACUGUGUCACUUCAUGUGGGAAACCUUUCUGUAGAUUUUUCCAUGAACAUGACAGAGAUGCAGACUCAUGAAGACACAACUCAUGAGAGUGUACCUCUGUUUGGAUGUAGCAUAGAUGUUGAGCUCAUUAUGUAUUGUUUUUACAAUUUAUAUGCAUGUUUAUUUGAUAAAAAUCGAGAUCUAUUAAAAUUGCUAUUUCUUUAUUGUACGAGAUAUUUUUAGAGAACCACAGGUUCCGAGGUUUUGCAAUGCUAAUGGUGUGUAUUUUGUAUACAGACAACCACGGAAAUAAAUGUAUCAUUUUACAAAGA